CCGAAAUUUCUCCCGUCUGCUAUCAGAUCCGUUUAGUGACCCGGGCCGCUAAUGAACUGCGGCGUAUGUGUGUACUCGACUGUGUGUCUCCGCGCACCUGGACUUGAAUUCAAAUAAGAAACUCUUCAAAUAUUUUGUUUUCUUCCUAUUCCAUAUCGGACUUAUGCUGACCUUUUAGUGUGUCAACUUUUGUUUUCUUUUUCUCUUAGUUUUCUUCUAGAUCUAGUCUACAAGUUUACGUUGAGGCCUUUUUAUUUGGUCUUUGGACCAAGUUUUUCAAGAAGAGGCUGUGGACUUCUUUCGACAUGUGAUAAUGAGGACAUGAGACCGUUAAGAUCUAAUUGUUAUCAGGCCAGCUGUUGAUUGGAUAACAGAAAGAUAACAAAUUUGUACCAAGUUAAACCUAGUUAGAAAACUUCCUUGUCGAAGCGUUUUUACGAAUUUGGUUGGAUUAUUUAGACAAUUUUCGUAGAAACGAUGGCCAUCAUAACUAAACAUCUCCUGAUUAGCUACUGUCUCUUCAUCAGCGUGGAGUCACAAUCCAACAGGCCACCAACUGUGAACAGCUUAAAUAAUUACUUUACUGUAUUUGAGAAUGCAUCCACAGGUUCCCUAAUUUAUCAGUUCAAUGCUACUGACCCUGAUAAUGAUGUGCUGACUUUCAGCUUUGGAAGUUCUGACACAGAUUCACUUGUCAAUGUAACACAACUUUCAUCCAGUGGUAACAUCUACACUUGUGGCUUAUUUCUCAAAACUCAGCUUGACAGAGAUAAUAGCCCUAGUGUAAGGCAGCUACAUGUUAAGAUAAAGGAUUUGUUAUUUGAGAUCACUUAUAAAAUUUUCAUGAUCAUUAAUGAUGUCAAUGACAACCCACCAACUUUCACUGGACUGCCUUACAGAUUUUCUCUUUUGGAGGAUACUGCUCUACUUACACCAGUGUUUACUGUAUCAGCUACAGAUCCAGACACAGGGUCUGGGGGUCAAAUCUUUUACUCCAUGAAUGCCAGCAGCUCUUCAGUCUUCCAUGUUCCUAUAGUAGUAUCAGUGGAAUCUGGUCCAAUCUAUUUUGUGGAAAUGCAAGACGAUGCUGACUACAAUGAGACGUUUUCCCUAACCUCUAACACUGGUAUCAUUCAUCUGAAAAGAAAACUUGAUUAUGAAACCAAGUCCUUUUACCAUUUCAAAGUGUAUUCCAGGGUAUGUAUCAACUUUUAA